AUUGCUUAGAAGGCCUUAAAUGACCCUUGACCUCCAUCUUUAGGUCUCACAUAAUCUUAAUUAAUGCGCAUCUUAUUACUCGCCAUGUAUUUUCUUCUUUAUUUAAAGUGUGUGAUGUAAUAAUGAUAUUGGCGAAUGUUUAUCAGUGUUGUAUGAUUGGAUUAGUUAUGCGGAGACGUUAAUCUCGCUGACGGAAAAGAAGAGGGCGGAGCCACAGCUUACUUAUACUGACCCUCAAACACACUGGACACACUUUAACUGGACACACAGGAUCAUCUGCAUCUCAACACACACAGACAGGUGACUGAUACAGCACGACUUCGGCUGAUCUCAGCACAUUUACAGAGACAGAAUGAGUCCCAAACACAUCAUUUACAAGAAGAUCUCCAGAGAUAAAUCUGUGGGCGUUUACAUGGGCAAGCGGGAUUUCGUGGACCACUGUGAUUUUGUUGAUCCUGUUGAUGGCGUUGUGCUGAUCGACCCGGAGCAGGUGAAAGAUAAGAAAGUGUUCGUGAUGCUCUCCUGCACCUUCCGCUACGGUCGCGAGGACAUGGAUGUGAUGGGGAUGGCGUUUCGCAGGGAUAUUUUCCUGUGCACGCGGCAGGUGUAUCCUCCUCUCCAGGAUAAAGAGCGCAGCAUUCACACUAAAGUGCAGGAGAAGAUCCUGCGCAAACUGGGAAACAACGCUCAUCCUUUUUUCUUUGAGUUCCCAGAUAACCUGCCCUGUUCGGUGGCUCUGCAGCCAGCCCCCACCGAUGUAGGAAAGCAAUGUGCUGUGGAGUUUGAAGUGAAGGCGUUCUGUGCAGAAAAUCAGGAUGAAAAAGCCCAAAAGAGGAGUUCAGUGCGGUUGGCCAUCAGAAAGAUCCAGUACGCUCCAGAUAAAGGUGGCGAGCCUCCAGCAGGAGAAACUACCUGUGAAUUCAUCAUGUCUGAUAAACCGCUGCAUAUGCGUGUCAGUCUGGAAAAAGAGACGUAUUAUCAUGGAGAGAAGAUCAACAUCAGUGUGGAGAUUGACAACAGCUCCAACAGGAACGUGAAGGACGUGACCGUCUCAGUGGAGCAGGUCACUAAUGUGGUGCUUUACUCAAAUGACAAGUAUGUCAAAUCUGUGGCCUAUGAGGAAACCAAGGAUGCAGUGCCGUCUGGAACCAGUCUGAAGAAGGUGUACACUCUCUGCCCUCUGCUGGACAACAACCGCGAGAGACGGGGACUCGCUCUGGAUGGAAAACUGAAGCACGACGACACCAACCUGGCCUCAUCCAGCAUCGUUAAGGACGAGGUGUUGAGGGAGAUUCUGGGUAUGCUGGUGUCCUACAGAGUGGUUGUGAAAUGUACCGCCUCCGGCAUGGUCGGAUCCAGUGAGGUUGCCGUGGAGGUUCCCUUCAAACUCAUGCAUCCCAAACCUGGUCCAGAGAGUGAAGACGCAACUGAUCUGGUGUUCGAGGAGUUUAAGCGCUCAUAUCUGAAAGGAGUCAUCGGCGAUGAUGACGAAUCUCCAGCGGAGCCCUGAGAGCCUUCUCCGUUCAAGGAUGACACGUAUUUGUGUUUUGAGCAGGCAGAUUUGUGCAUAUAAAUAUUCAUGGAUGCAUGUUGAGAUGAUGUUGUGAUGUGUUCUGUCUGUGUAUGUAUUCACUGUGUGUUUAUUGUAGUGCAGUUGAUCAUGGAUGCUUAAUUGCAUUUUGAUUCAUAUGAUAUAUUCGAACCAAAUCGUUGUUCGAUGUGUGAAAUUAGUUGUACAGCUUUUUCCUAGAGACUGAAAAUAUAAAUCUAGAGCUCUAUAGACCAUUUUGAGGGAUGCAAACAUAAACAGUGGUCCCAACGUAUUUCCUGUUUUACAUUUAUUAUUUCUAUAGCUUCUGAGAAUGAGCCACAUAUUGAUAAAUAAUGGUAUGAUCGCUGUUUUAACAUGAAGUUAUGAUUGAAUUGUCUCUUUUUACAGUUAUGAAAUAGUUUGAUACCAAGCAGGAAAUGUUCAUGGGCUAAUGACAACACUGCAUUGAAAUGGUCAGUACAGUGCAUAAUAAUAUUGUAGGCACGAGCUCAUGUAUUGCAUAGUAAUUACCUCU